ACCAAGCCCUUUUUAUUUUAUGUAGCGUCUGAGCCGGAGCUAGAAAUUUUUUUUUUUUGGGGUCAGAUAAGCCAGAGCCAGACAGGAGGUGUAUUUUCGUGAUCUUUCGCCCUGGAAUCUCGGCUUGAUUACUGGAAGGUUCUCAGAUUUGUGGGCAUUUCCUGCAGAUAAGUUGCUUUGCUUCUAUGCUGUUGAUCUUUGAGGAAUGAUUUUAUUUUCUGGGAAUUUAUUGUCUUACAAUUUCUGCUGAACUGGGUAGGUUUCUUAGUUGGUUGUGAAUGUUUCGACAGAGCUUGUAAAAAAUUGUGCUUGGUAUUGAAAUUUAGCAAAUGGGUUUCUGUUUGGUUUUGGUGUUUUGGGGAAUUGGACAUGCAUGUACUUGGUCUAAGAAAAGGUGAAAAAUGUUCUAGGAGGGGAAAAUAGAUAAUGGGCAGGAUUGAUUUUGAUCUAUGAGUGCAUGAGGUAUUUGCAAAUGGCUUCUACAGACUAUGGAUAUGCAUGUAAAGUAUGGGUUUAGGCUAAAGAAGAGUUCUUGAUCUGAUUGUUGUUUAUAGUAAGGAAUGGAAGGGCAUUUAUCACAGGGAGGUAUGGUUCCUGGUUAUGGUGGCCUUGAUUUAGAAGGAUCGAUGAGGGUUCAACAUCAAACCCAACACCCACACACCAUACACCAACACCAUCCUCAUCCUCGUCAAGGGUCCUUGGCCCAUCCAUCGAUUCACGAGGGUUUUCCUCUCAAAAUGGGAACCAUGCAUAAUUGUGACCAAACCAUCUCCAUGAUGGAUUACAAUAAGGGAGAGAGGUCCAAGAACUCAGCAAGCGAUGAGGAUGAGCCGAGUUAUACGGAGGAGGGUACCGAUGGCCAUGCUGAAGGAAAUAGAGGGAAGAAGGGAUCACCAUGGCAGCGUGUAAAGUGGACAGAUCAGAUGGUGAAGCUUCUGAUCACUGCUGUAUCUUAUAUAGGUGAGGAUACAAGUUCUGAUUGUGGUAGUGGGGGAAGGAGGAAAUAUUCUACUUUACAGAAAAAGGGAAAGUGGAAAUCUGUUUCCAAGGUCAUGGCAGAAAGAGGUUUUCAUGUUUCUCCGCAGCAGUGUGAGGAUAAAUUCAAUGACCUGAACAAAAGGUAUAAGAAACUUAACGACAUGCUUGGGAGGGGCACGUCUUGCCAGGUUGUUGAGAACCAGGCACUUUUGGAUGUGAUAGAUUACCUAACAGAGAAAGAAAAAGAUGAUGUUAGGAAAAUAUUAAGCUCAAAGCACCUAUUUUAUGAGGAGAUGUGUUCUUACCAUAAUGGGAAUCGUUUGCAUCUGCCUCAUGAUCCAGCAUUGCAGAAAUCCUUACAGCGGGCUCUUAGAAGAGAUGAGCAUGACAAUGAUGAUCCAAGAAGGCACCACCAUGAUGAUCUUGACGAAGAUGAUCAGGAUAUGGAAACUGAUGAGCAUGAAGACUUUGAGGAAAAUAAUGCUUCACAUGUCGAUAACAGGGGAAUAUAUGUUUUAGAAGACUCUGUAAAGAGGUUGAGACAAGGCCAGGGCCGUGAAGAAUUUAACUAUGGUAGUUCAUUGAAUCCCCAGGACUGUAACAAGAGUUCUUAUUGUCAUCCACCUAUUCCCCCAGCUGAUAUGAAUCAAGUCUUACCUGAUGGCACAAAAGCUGCCUGGCUACAGAAGCAAUGGAUUGAAUCUCGAACUCUUCAGUUAGAAGAACAGAAGCUGCAAAUUCAAGUUGAGAUGUUAGAAUUGGAGAAACAGCGUUUCAAGUGGCAAAGAUUUAGUAAGAAAAGGGACCGUGAAUUGGAAAAGCUGAGGAUGGAAAAUGAGAGGAUGAAGCUUGAGAAUGAGCGCAUGGCAUUGGAAUUGAAACGGAAGGAAAUGGGGGCUGGAUUUAGUUAAGUGGCUGUUCUGAUCAGUAUUUAUUGCUAUAGUGGGACUUGCAGGCAACAUUGCUUCUGUUUCAAAUUGGUAAGCUGCAGUCGGUUCAAGUAUCACAUAUUGGUUGUGGGACCUUUCUGGAAACCGUGACCUAUCUGGAUGUACUCUGUAAAGCUUAUGAUUUUGGCAGUAUGAAUGACUAGUUUUCUUUAUUUUACGUCUGGUAAAAUGACAUUUUCCUAUUGUUGAAACUUUUUGUGGAAAAUUGUAUGAACAAGGUCUAAAUAGCGUAAUGUAUGCUGGUGCUUUGCGUAAUUUAAUCAGCUUUUUAUUUCUUGUAUCAUUGUUUGGUUUCCUCAAAUUGAACAUUGGCAUUCAUUUUGUUGUCUUUUA